UCUACCGGAGGACUUUGAAGCUCGUGCAGCAGCAGGGUCCAGUGGUGUUUUGAUUCUUGAUAUUCCUGAAGACGCGAUGCAGGACGACUGGAGUCUGCUCGGUCCGCUGCAGUGGAUCCGGUACGUCAACAAACGAGUGACGGUGACGGCGGGAAAAGAUGAGGAGCGCCGCGGCUGGCUGCUCACCGUGGACCCGGUGUCCGCCAGUCUGGUGCUGGUGGACUUCCGGGAGGACGGGGGGACGUCGGUCCACGUGGUGAUGGGUCACGCUGUGGAGGAGGUGCAGGUUCUGGAGGAGGCCGACGAGGAGAUGGCAGAACGCCUCCGGACCUCCUUCCUCCCCUCGAGCAGCUGUAGCCUGGACCCAGAGGAGCUGCGUAGGAGGAGGGGCGGGGUCCGGAGCUGGCUCCAGAAGAACCGUGUUCCUGUGGAGGAGGAGGGGGACGAGCUGAAGGUGGCGGAGGUUCUGACCAUCAGGGCCCCGUACGGACCUGAAGACUGCUGCAGCUCGAACCAGAUCAUUCUGGACCGCAUCCAGAGACUGAUCCAGAACCUGAUCCAGACCGAUCCCUGAAUACAAACCGCGCUUGUGAUGCACCAAUCACAUUCAAGCUCUGUCUCUGGACCAAUCGGAGUGCAGCAGCAGAACCACGUUGACUUUUUUUUGCAAGUUAAAAACUGAAGGUUUAGGCCCCGCCCCCUUCUAAUGUGAACUUUAUGAAAAAGUGUUUUGAUCGUGUUAGAAAAUUACAGAACUGACCAGAAUGUUCACACCAGAAGUUUAAAUAAAGUUAGUUCUGAUCAAUCAGA